UCCGCUGGUGUUUGUUGAGAGAAAAGGAAAGCCGGAGGGAGAGAGUGAGAGAGAAGAGAUUCGUCGAAUUCUAUUUAUUGCUUCGGAUGGAGCGAUCCUUUCGUGUUGCUUCUGGUCCGGGGAUAAUCCCUGCCAAAUCUACCCAUUCCCGUUCUUUCUGAAUGGGGCGAAGAACAUGUGCAUUCUUGAAUCGAAUUGUUUUUCAAGGUUUGCUGUACAAAUUGCGAUCUUUGUUGUUUGAGUAUAGUUUUUAAUUGAGCUGGUUCGUGGGUUCUUGUUGUUGUUGUUAUUAUUAUUUUUGUUUCGUGUACCUUGGAUUCAUGGGUUGAUUUCUAGGGUUUUUGAAGUAUAAGAAUUACAGGGUUCUGUUGUUUUAUUAGUAUUUCGAUUCAGAAUUGUUUUGUUCGGUUCGAGGCGAAUCGUGGUGGACUGGCUUCAUUUUCUAGUUACGAUUCCUGCAAAUUUGAUUGGAGUUUUUGGUCUGAUUUUGACAAUUUAGGAAGGUGAGGUUAGGGUUUGUUGUCAUUUGGUUGGAGGGAUUGUAUUUCUCUUUCCAGUUUGCCGUUCGAGUGGUCUCUAGUUCAAUUGAGGAAGGCUAGCUUUAAAGGGUAUUUCACUAAUUGGUUGAAUUGGUGAGGGCGCAUAUUGGAGGCAUGCAUAUUGAGGAACUGAAGGUGGGGGUGGGGGAAUUUGAAACUGGGGUGGAAGAGCAAUUUCCUGCUGAUCAUUAUCGCCGCGCCUUGGCUGUUUCAGAGGCAAAGCAGGUUUUGGUUGGAGCAGGGGCUCGUGUCCUUUUCUAUCCAACGUUGCUGUACAAUGUUGUGAGGAACAAGAUUCAGUCUGAGUUCCGCUGGUGGGAUAGGGUUGAUGAGUUUAUUUUGUUAGGUGCCGUUCCAUUUCCUGCUGAUGUUCCACGGUUGAAAGAACUUGGUGUUUCUGGAGUGGUCACACUAAAUGAGUCAUAUGAGACUUUGGUCCCAGCAUCUUUAUAUCAUACUAACAACAUUGAUCAUUUGGUGAUUCCUACCAGAGAUUAUCUUUUUGCACCAUCAUAUGUAGAUAUUUGCAAAGCUGUAGACUUCAUCCAUGAGAAUGCAUCUUGUGGCAAAACAACAUAUGUCCACUGUAAGGCUGGUCGGGGCCGUAGCACAACUAUUGUUUUAUGUUACUUGGUGGAACACAAGCAGAUGGCACCAGAGGUUGCAUUUGCAUAUGUGAGGUCCAUUAGACCAAGGGUACUCCUGGCAUCCUCCCAGUGGCAGGCUGUUCAAGACUACUAUUUUCACAAGGUGAAAAGAGAUGAAAGCAACAUUGACACAAACAUUUCCAGUGAAAAAAUAGUAGGCUUCCUGGCAAAACAUAAUGUUGCAUCCUUUGAUGAUGCCUCUGUAGUGAUGGUAACUGAAUCAGAUCUUGAUGGGUAUGAUGGAAGCCGUGACUCAGGUCUAGUAGGUAAUGAGUCGUUAGCAGAGCUGAGCCUUGCUUGUAGGGUUCAGUUUGCCAGCCAGGCUGCUAUCACCAGGCUUUCAUGCCUGUGGCUGCGAUGCUAUAGCCAGAAAACGUCAAAGAAGAAACUUAGGAGCUCAGUGAGCGUGGAUCAGCUGGGAAGUAUUGGUGUCAAUGUUCAGGUCUAUUGAAGCAGGCAUAACCAGCCAGGGAGAUCAAGCAUGGUCUUUUACAUUUUUGUUUUAGUUAAUCACAGCAACAGCCAGAUGAGUAAUAAUGUACGUCUUCUGAACUCCUCUGGCGCUCUUCUCUGCCUCGAAGAUAGGAUUAUGCUGUUCUAGGGCUUACCCAGCCGAGAGCUAGGGACACAAGUAACUAUAAUGCAAGUUGACUCGACUCUCUCCAGGCACAGAGAAAUAUCAAAUGCAAAGCCUAUACAUAGAGUACACACAAAUGUUGCGUAAGGGAACUUGGGAAAGAGAUGGUCUUCUUCUUCCUUUCUUCUUGUGUGUGCGUGUGUUGCUCAGAGAUGCUCUUCUUCACUCCUAUUCUUGUACGUAAUGAAUUAGAUUAUGAUUUGCCAUGACUAUUGUGAUGAGUGGAGCUGACUAAAGAUUGUGCAACUCCAAUAUGAGCUUUUGGCUUGAAUUUUGUCUCUCCAUGCAGGCUUGUUAUAUGUAAUUCUUCAGCCAGAUCAAGGGAAGAAGAUGCAGGUUCAUGGUGAUUGAUUGGAGAGAGAGAAGCUGCCUAUGCUUACAAUUUUUGUUUUGUUCCAGUUUUCUUUGAUUCUGGGUAGAGCAACAUCCAUUUAACUGAUUUCAAGAUUGCUUUUUCCAACUCUUUUAUGGUCGCAAUGGAACUAACUAUAUCUGCUUCUUCUGAAGAAAAAAUAGGUAAACAGUUUUAAGAGAAAGCAAGGUAACUUUUGCUUUAAUUAUAAGGUAAGUUGUAAUAAUCACCUCGAAAGGUUAGGUUAUAACUUCACAAAGUACCUUUUAUGAGUCAUAUAUCUGUAAUAAUUAUUCUCAACCUUUAAUAUCACGUUGUAAUCUCUCUCUUGCUAUUAACAUACAA